AUGGGCCGCUACACAGGCAGAAGCAGCCGGCUCCUCUUCAUGUGCAUCCUCAGCUUCUUCCUUUUCCUGGUAGAAAUCUCAGUAGCCUACGUGGGCAACUCCCUUGCUCUAGCAUCAGAUGCUUUCGCGGUCGUCUCCCACUUAAUCUCAAUGAUUAUCGGCUUGCUUGGCGUUCGAUUCAGCCGCAUAAGGUGGCACAAGACCAGCACUUUUGGCUUUCCCCGGGCUGAUGUGGUGGGUGCCUUUGGCAAUUCUGUCUUUGCCACUGCGCUCAUGUUCAGCAUCCUGAUUGAAGCCGUGAAGAGGUAUCUCAAUCCACAGAAGACCGAACAAGCCCUGUCCGUUCUCAUCGUUGGCAUUGUAGGGCUGCUCUUCAACGUGCUUAAUUACUUCAUCUUUAUGGACUGCUGUUACUGCCAUGGCUCUGUUGACCAAGACGUGGAAACUGGUGAUUCCGUAAAUACCCAGAAAGUGGUUGAAGAAGAGGUGAAACAAAAAAAAGAGAAAAAGUCUGAAGCCUUGAAUAUCAGAGGUGUUCUUUUGCAUGUGAUGGGAGAUGCUCUUGGCUCAGUUAUCGUUGUAAUUGCUGCUUCAAUAUUCUAUGCGCUUCCUCUGGAUAAGAACACCCCAUGUAACUGGGAGUGCUACAUUGACCCCAGCCUGACCAUCAUUAUGGUGUUCAUCAUGCUGUCUUCAGCCUUCCCACUUGUCAAGGAGACAGCCACCAUCUUGCUACAGAUGGUUCCCAAGAGCAUUAACAUGCAAAUACUGACGAACAAGCUAUUAGAAGUGCCGGGAGUGACCAGCAUUCACGAAUUGCACGUCUGGGAGCUUGUCAAAGGGAAGAACAUUGGCACCCUCCAUGUUAAAUGUCACUCGAUUUCUGAUUAUGAAGAUGCUUCUUCCAAAAUCAGGGAGUUGUUCCAUGAAGCAGGGAUCCAUUCGGUGACCAUCCAGCCAGAGUACCUUGACCACAAGAGCCCUGAGAUGCUGUGCAGUGCCCCAUGUAUCUCCCCAAAUUGUGAUGACCAAUUGUGUUGCAGCCAGCAGGAAGCCUUCCUCGCUCAGGCAAAUGACUACACGGAGAGAAUCGCCGGCCUUUCCCCCACUCUGCAAAAACUCUUCCAUAAAAAAGAUGUUGUGGUAAUUCCCGUUGAGCCCACAUGGGCUGAGGAUGCUGGCAAAAAGCAAAGUAGCCCAAAAGACAGUUAUAAACAAACAGGUGACAACAAACCGUCUAAAAAUGCUACACAUUUUUAGACUGCUUGGCCUGUGUUUGUGACUUCUCUUAUCAAAGGCAAAGCCUUCCUUGGCGUUUGGCAAGUACUUGCCGUAGUCUUGGGAAGUGGCAUUUAACAGCCGCGUGGGCAAACGCUGCACCUAAAGAAGGUGUUCUUGGGCUUGUAUCCAAUGAUCCAUCUGUUCACAUGGCAAGCCUUUCCACCCAUGCAGGGUAAGCCAUCGAUUUCUUCCCUGUCUUUUAGCCCCACUUGCCUAAAAAGGGGGAUUCUGUGCCCCAUGUGAGCGGAAGUGCCUUCUACUCACAUAGUACGAUCUUGUCUCCAAGGAAUUCCCUUGCAUUCGCCAGAUCUAUCCAGUGCAGUUUUGACACUAAUUCCUUUACCCAGCU